AUGGGUCCUCUCAAGCUUAACACCGCGAAUUUGUCGCAAAUCGUGGCGGCAGGUGCCGGCCGCGUUAAGGUCCCGACCUACCGGCGCGGCCCUGCCCUCAAGGAGGGAAUUGUCCACGUCGGUGUGGGCGGUUUCCAUCGUGCGCACCUGGCCGUCUACGUUGACCAGCUGAUGCAGAAUCACGGCGUGACAGACUACGCUAUCUGCGGUGUUGGUCUUCAGCCCUUCGAUUCCGCCAUGCGCGAUGCCCUGAGUUCCCAGGACAAUCUCUACACCGUCAUUGAACGUUCGGCCAAGGGCAGCUUUGCCAACGUCAUUGGCAGCAUCAAUUCCUACCUCUUUGCUCCUGAUGAUCGCGAAGCCGUCAUUGCUAAGAUGGCGCACCCGGAUACCCGCAUCGUGUCUCUCACCAUCACUGAGAGCGGUUACUACUACAAUGAGAACACUCACGAGCUCCAGAGUGAGCACCCGGACAUUCAAUUCGACCUGGACCCCGCCAACGAAAAGACCCCCCGUACUACCUUCGGUUUCCUCUACGCUGCCCUCGCCCGCCGUCACCAGCAAGAAGAAUGGUUCCAUCACCCGUCACAUGCUCGAGUCUUUCGCCCGUCUCCGCACCCCGAAGUCGCUCAAUGGAUUACUGAUAAAGGUGCUUUCCCCAACGCUAUGGUCGACCGUAUCACUCCUCAGACGUCUCCCGCCGAUAAGGAGUCCCUCGCAAACACUAUGGGUAUUGAGGACUCCUGGCCUGUCGUCACGGAACCGUUCAUGCAGUGGGUCAUUGAAGAUCAGUUCUCCGACGGUCGCCCGCCCUUCGAGAAGGUCGGCGUCCAAGUCGUCAAGGACGUGCACGCGGUCGAAGAGUUCGAGAAGCACAAGCUCCGUCUCCUUAACGGCAGUCACUCCGCUAUUGGAUACCCCGGUCAGAUGGCAGGCUUCAACUACGUCCACGAGGUCUUGGAAAAUCCGGACUUCAACAAGUUCGUCUGGCAGAUGAUGCAGGAAGAGGUCAAGCCGUCCUUGCCUGAGAUCCCUGGUGUCGAUAUCGAUCAGUACUGCAAGACCCUCAUGGAACGUUUCUCCAACCCUACCAUCAUGGACCAGCUGCCCCGUAUCUGUCUCAACGCGUCCGGCAAGAUCCCCCAGUUCAUCAUGCCCUCGAUUGCCGAGGCCAUCUGGGUGAAGGGCCCUCUCCGCCGUCUGUGCUUCGUCGCUGCUGCUUGGUUCCGCUACAUCAAUGGUGUUGAUGACCAGGGUAACACUUUCACUGUCGAUGACCCCAUGCGUGAGGAGCUUCAGGCCAAGGCCCGUGCUGGUGGUACUAAGCCUUCCGAGCUGCUGAGCAUCACGAGUUUGUUCGGUGACGAUUUGCGUAACGACAAGCGAUUCAUGCAGGAGAUAACCAACGCUAUGGAGGACAUUGCUCGGGACGGCAUCUUGAAGACGCUUCCCAAGUACAUUGAUUAA